CGGGGCUCUGAGGGCUGGGCAAGCUCUGGCAAUGGUGUCGCUGUCCCCGGUGGCCCCAGGAGAGCUGGACACGUACUGGUCGGGCACGGCGCCCAUCUGCGUGGGGGGCUGCAGGGGGAGGCACAAGGAGCUGAAGAGGAGCCAGUGUGGGAACGGCAGCUGCUGCUGGCUGGGCUACAAGUCCUUCUGCAGAGGUAAAACCCGGGGGAAGCCGGGGAUCCCUGGGGAUGCUGCAGGGCUUUGUGCCACACAAAGCGUCAGCGCCUCCAGCAGCCUGGGCCGCGCGGGGACACAGCCCGGGGCACCCACUGCCUUGUCCGGUGACCCCUGCGCUGUCCCCGUGGCCAGCAGCCUGCCCAGGCUGCCAGCCCCGGCUGCAUCCCUGUCUGCAGUGAACUGCGGGCGGCCCGAGGCGGAUUUUAACUCGGUGGUGCACGGGAACGAUUGGUGGGUGGGCUCCGUGGUGCGCUACAGCUGCCGGCCCGGCUUCCUGCUGCUGGGGGACCCCGCCAGCGCCUGCCAGUCCGAUGGCCAGUGGACCCCCAAGCCCUCCUGCCUCCGGAUCUGCCUGCGGGGCCGCAUCGAGAUCAGCGAGCGGGACCUCACCGGCGAGUGCUCCUCGUCCUGCGGCAGCCCCGCGCACCCGGGAGCCGCUCUCAGCCGCGGCUGCAUCCAGGUCUCAGCCUGUGUCACCAAGCUGUCGGGCUGGCCCCGCUGGUUCCAGCGCUGUGACAUCUGCGAGUGCGACUGCCACGUGCCCUGCGGUUCUUCCAGGUAGAGCUGGGCCAGCCGGGGCUGUGGCCGCUGGCCCCGUGCUGAGGGAGGCUCCCACCCCGGCUCUGCUUCCCUUCGCUGCUGUGCUCCUUCCAUCAGCUCCGGCAGCCCCGAGGCUGCCCUCUGAGAUGUUCUGCACUCACUCUUGCAGGGUGGCUCAUCCCAGACUCCCCAGGGCCAGGGGAUGCUCUGGGGGCAGCAGCUGCUGGGAUCUGAGAGUGUUUCCUGCAGCAGGGCUUGGGGACAGGGCUGUGAGCACCCAAUUCCCAGCUGCUUCCCCGAGGAGGCUCAGAGCCCCUGUUAGGAGGGAGGCAGCACCUGUGCCUGGUGUAAAAUACCUGUCCUUCAGUGCUGCAGGUUGUGAUUUCUCCGUGUCAGGGAAUUCCAGGCCCUGAGCUGGGAGGUGGAGCUGCCCCUGAGCUCGCUGAGGCCAGCAGGAGUGUGGCAUCUGCUCCUGUCCCCAUGGCAGGGACAGAGCAGCCUGGCCAGGGCUGCAGCACCCACUGCUGAGGAAUCAAACUGCCCUGCAGCCUCCCUGGGACUGCAGAGCGGGGAAAUCUCAUCUCUCAGGUGGAAAAUCUUUCCUACUGGCUGCUGGUCCUGCUCCUGCCAGGGGCUCUGUGGUCCUGCCCUGAGAAUCCCUUUCCACAGGGGCUUCUCCUCCCAGCAGCUUGGGCCCACAAAGGGGGAGAUGUGACUCCAGCUUUGUGCCCCUUGAGGACAUCUCUGGCUCCUCAAAGCAGCCAUGGAAGCAGUUUUAUUCCCCCAGGGAA